UGAAUAAACAUUAUAAGGAUAUUGCAAGAAGUAAGAUCUGGAAUUUGAAGGACUCGAAAAAUCCUGAAUUACGUGAAAAUGUUAUUAGUGGUAACAUUGGUGCCGAAGAAUUUGCAAAAAUGGAUUCAGAGGCGAUGGCUUCAAAAGAACGUAAACGCCAGAACAACAUUAUUCGCCAGAUCUCGCUUGCAAAUUCAAUCGCUGUAACUGAUUUGAAACCGAUUCCGAUGGACUCCGAUUCCAAUGAACGAAAAAUUACUCUUGGCGAUCGAGUUGGAAACAGGGUCUGGAGUGGUUCAGACUUGGAUACUUCAACAUAA